UGAGUCGCAGGGUGGGGGCUCGACUUCGAGACUUCCGGGAGAGAUGUCGAUCCUGUGGGAGAAGAGCGGGGCUUGGAGGUGGAUCGUGCGGAAGACCCGCGACUCUAAGCCCUUCUUCUUGGCCUUCGCCACCGUGUGCGGCGUCGUCCCCGGCGUCAUCGGCUACUGCGUCAUGCAGCUCACCAGCUCCCGCACCGACCAGCUCGAGGCUCGCCUCCGCCAGAACGCUCGCCCCGAAUCCCUCAUGAUGGGAAAAGUGAAUAGAGACAGACUAGCAGAAUAUCUGGGGGAGCUCCGGAGGAAGGAAGACACAAAUGACAGGUACGUAGCAGCUCUGAAGGGAGAGACAUUGACUAGGAAUCCUUACGUGAGGAUUCAACCGGUGCAGAAGCAAGAUAGCAGGGCCAAUGAAGCAGUGAAGGCUGAUGAGAAAAAGAAAUAGAUAGUUGGAUACUUAAUGCAAUCAAAUUGUAGAGUCUCUUAAGUUGUAUGAUGGUCGUGAGAGUCGAUUUUCUCUAGUUCUAGUCUUCUA